AUGUUGACAAUCACCAACGUUACUUGGCUGGACCUACUAUACCUCACCGGUGUCACAGUGGGAGUCUAUUUGGUAAAGCAGACGGUCAUCAAGAAGAAUCCUGCACCAUAUCCACCUGGUCCCAGGGGGUGGCCUCUCAUUGGCAAUGUUUUAGAUAUGCCUCGCAUCAAGGCCUGGAUUACAUUUACCAAGUGGGGUAAGAAGUAUGGUGAUAUCACGCAUAUCGAGGUUCUGGGUCGGCACAUCAUUGUGCUGAACUCUGUCAAGACUGCAAUGGAUAUGAUGGACAGUAAAAGCACUUUGUACUCUGACCGUCCUGUUCUUCCUAUGGCUGGCGAACUUCAACGCAAGAACUUACAUCGCGUCAUCGGCAGUCGCGCCGCAGUGGACGUAUACAACGAAAUUGAGGAGGAGCAUAUCCGAUAUACGGUUGGCGCUGUCACUCUGCGCAUAUCUCAUGGUUAUGAAGUGAAAGAGAAAGAUGAUCCCUUCGUUGACCUCGCCAACCGCGUUCUAACCCAUGCCUCGCGGGCCUUGGCUCCUGGUGCCUUUAUAGUUGAUAUUGUACCAUUCCUGGCAAAGGUCCCCGCGUGGUUUCCCGGUGCUGGCUUCAAGCGCAUAGCAUGUGAAUGGCGUGGGGCCCUCGAAGAGAUGGUUUCUACACCCCACCAGUUCGUCAAGGACCAGAUGGUUGCUGGCAUCGCCCCUGUAUCUUUUACCUCGAAUCUCUUGGAAGGCAGUGGUGUGUCCGCAGAAGAGGACUACGCCGUGAAAUGGUCUGCUUUUUCCCUAUACGCCGGUGGUACUGACACGACUGUUUCUGCAAUAUACUCGCUUUUUCUAGCUAUGACGCUUUUCCCUGAUGUGCAGAAGAAAGCUCAGGCUGAAAUAGAUGUGGUUGUCGGUCCUGACCGUCUUCCCACCUUUGCUGACCGCGACUCCCUCCCCUAUACUGAUGCCCUGGUAAAAGAAGUCCUCCGCUGGCACGUUGUCGGUCCUACAGGUCUCCCUCACUGUGUGACUGAAGAUGAUAUCCAUGACGGGUACUAUAUUCCAAAAGGCUCCUUAGUGAUACCUAACAUUUGGUUCAUGCUCAACGAUCCACGAGCAUAUACUAACCCCUCGCAAUUCAACCCUGAACGCUUCUUGGCUGAGGACGGAAAAGAACCUGAGAUGGAACCUCGCACAGUCUGCUUCGGAUUCGGUAGACGUAUUUGCCCAGGCCUCCACCUCGCUGAUGCCUCUAUCUGGAUAACUACUGUAAUGUCACUGGCAGUGUUUGACAUUUCAAAGGUUGUCGAGCAUGGCGUUAAGGUUACACCCGAGAUUGAUCAAUUACCAGGUUCAACCUGCCACCUCAAACCAUUUAAGUGUUCUAUCAAGCCUCGCUCCACGACUGCCCUUGAGCUCAUUGAGCAAUAA